CCCUCCGCUUCUCCUCCCCCACCUCCCCACUUCCGCCGCUCCGCGCCCCCCAAAACCCUAACCCCCUCCUCCGUCGCGCCUUCCUCGCCGGGGCGCCCCGCCGCCCCCCGUCGCCGGUCUCCUCCUGGCUCCCCGGCAGCGACCGGAGGGGCUUCGCGGCGGCCGAAGCUGCUAGAAACCGCGAGAAAGUCGGGAGCUUGGGGAAGGACGAUGGGGCAGCGCAGGAGGAGGAGGGAGAAGAGGAGGAGGAGAAGAGAAGUAGAGCACCACCACAGAGAGUGGCGGAGAGGAGGCAGAGAGGGGGCGGAGGGGUGAGCGCUCCGCCGGUGGGGAGCCUCGAGCUCUUGGCGAUUCCCGGCGUCGGCCCUCGGAAUCUGCAGAAGCUGGUGGAUAAGGGGUUUCAAGGCGUGGCCCAGCUCAAACAGCUUUAUAGGGACAAGUUCUUUGGUGAGUCCAGCGAGAAGAUGGUCGAAUACUUAAAGAGUUCGGUAGGUAUUAUCCAUAAGAACCACGCCGAGAGUAUAACCACCUUCAUCAAAGAAAGCGUGGAUAAGGAGCUGAGAGAGGAGGACACUCAAUCUGAUUCGAAGCUCUCGCGGAAGAAAAGGCUCACAUUUUGUGUUGAAGGGAAUAUUAGUGUCGGAAAGACAACCUUUCUUCAAAGGAUAGCUAACGAGACCCUCGAACUCCGUGAUCUUGUAGAAAUAGUACCGGAGCCUAUUGCCAAGUGGCAAGACGUGGGCCCGGACCACUUCAAUAUAUUGGAUGCAUUUUAUGCUGAGCCGCAGAGGUAUGCCUACACUUUCCAGAAUUACGUGUUCGUGACGAGGGUCAUGCAGGAAAGGGAAUCGGCUGGUGGAGUAAAGCCUCUCAGGCUGAUGGAACGAAGUGUUUUCAGCGAUAGAAUGGUAUUUGUCCGUGCUGUUUAUGAAGCUAAUUGGAUGAAUGAGAUGGAAAUUAGCAUUUACGACUCAUGGUUCGACCCUGUUGUGUCUUGUCUUCCGGGCCUUAUACCUGAUGGAUUCAUUUAUCUGAGGGCUAGCCCUGAUACUUGCCACAAGAGGAUGAUGCUUCGUAAGAGAGCAGAAGAAGGUGGCGUCUCAUUGGACUACUUGCGCGGCUUGCAUGAGAAACACGAGAGCUGGCUAUUUCCCACUAAACGUGGAAAUCAUGGUGUAUUGUCAGUUAGUCAGUUGCCCCUUCAUAUGGAUAACUCCUUACAUCCUGAUAUAAGAGAUCGUGUAUUUUACUUAGAAGGAGACCAUAUGCAUUCAAGUAUCCAAAAGGUUCCUGCUUUGGUGCUGGAUUGUGAACCCAAUAUUGAUUUCAGCAAAGAUGUUGAAGCGAAAAGGGAGUAUGCUCGCCAAGUUGCAGAGUUCUUCGAGUUUGUGAAGAAAAGGAAGGAAGCUUCAACCGAAGAAAGUGCUUCUGACGGAAAAGCUAAAGGCCAACAAAUAGUGCUUCCUAACAGCAGUGGUUUGUGGGUACCAGAUCACAAUCACUUUCCUGAAUCUGCCCUAAAAUCUCUGGAUUUCAGACGAGCCAUGUCUUUCCUUUCCGGUUAGCAACCAUUUCGUCCCCGCCUGGAAUCGAGGUGAAGCAUCUGUCAAUUACAUGAAUUUGUCUUGUUGCAACUUAGCCUGUUAGCCGUCUCCAGUUUCAUCCAUCGAGAGCUAAUUUUAGCUCGUCGAUGUGAAGCUUGGUAUGAUGGAAUUGCUGCUAACUCUGUAAAUGUGUCUGAUCUUUAGUUUGUAUGUACAUGUUCCGGUAGCUGUGUGAUAGUUCUUCUAACGGUCGAAAUGUGUUGGAAAUGGCCCUCUUUGUAACGUCGACUUACUAUUUCGUAUCGUUAAAUGGGUAAUGAUCUUUGUUCCCCUGCUUGACAUUCAA